AUGUCUGAUCACGAACAUGAACAUGAUUUUCACACGGGAGAUGCUGGAGCUGCAGCUACUUUUCCGAAACAAUGUUCAGCUCUUCGCAAAAAUGAUCACGUUAUGAUCAAAUCGCGUCCAUGUAAGGUCGUGGAAAUGAGUACGUCGAAGACGGGUAAGCAUGGUCAUGCAAAAGUUCAUCUUGUGGGCAUUGAUAUGUUCACUGGAAAAAAACUUGAAGAUAUUUGCCCCUCCACACACAAUAUGGAUGUUCCAGUAGUUAAGCGUAAGGAAUUUCAGUUGCUAGCCAUUAACGACGAUGGUUAUGUUAGUCUUAUGGAUCUGGAUACGUGUGAUACAAAAGAGGAUCUUAAAUUACCUGAGGGAGAGCUUGGUGAUCAAAUAAAGCAAGCAUUUGAAAAGGAUGAAAAUGGGAUUCUAUGCACAGUGAUUUCGGCUUGCGGAGAAGAACAGAUUUUGAGUUACAAGUCCAUGCCUAACAAAGAUUAG